CGAAAGGUGAAGGGGACUUGCACUUACGACGCUCAAUACUCAAGAGGUACGUUCGCUCCGAGAUUGCCUUGAUCUCGCCAUGCCUUCCACAGCAUUGCGAAGGGGCGGAUAAAUGCGUGUCAAUCGGCCUUGCCAUUUUUGUGCUUCGAUUUGAUGCGCUGUUCCAUCUUUGCAUUUCUUCAUCUAAACGCGCUGAGAUGACACUUCAAUGGUCGUGCUGACAUGGCUUCCAAUUCAAGGCAUUGCUGUUCCCCCUUCACCAGCCCAAACAGACAAUGUCCACCAUCUAGAUCAUGCUUCGCCUGCUCACAUCUCACCCGCCUACAUUUCACCUGCCACCCACAAAUCGCCUGCCGCUAAUAUCUCGCCUGUUCAUAUUGACCCCAUACGACAUGUAGACCCAGUCACAAGAGCAAGGCGUCACUCUGCCAGAGACAUCCCAGGGCUUGCCGCUGAAUCGGACCAUAAUCCAGUUCACCUUCCAUUGACGACAGCCUUGGCUGGUCCACUUGACGGGCUUGAUGAUAUCUCAAGGCCUCCCAUAUACUCAGAAGCGCCAUCACGACGACUGACCCCUAAGCCCGGGGAGGCAAUCGAUGGACAAUACCAUGGCCAGUGAUGCCAAUGAGUUAUGAGUACUCACUCAUGUAACUCAUGAACUCAUAAGUUAUGAGUACUCAUGGCCAUGAGUUACGGAAGUCAUAAGUACUCAUAAGUUAUGAGUACUCAUGAACAAGGGAUAGGGUCACCCCCGCGGCGACUCCUAACAUCUCUGAAAAUUUUUGAAAUCCGGGGUUGACCAAUCGGAUCGCUCGCUGGCCGCUUAACGUUACGUCCUAAAUUUUCACCCCU